GAGGUGCUUACUUGAUCACGUGACCAGUCUGUAGGCGAAGUGUUUGACAGGUGCAAGGUACUUAACGAAGGGGAGCAGAGAGGUGUGCAGACGACGAUGGCUCCCGCCGCCUGGUUGUCGCUGCUUCUGCUGGUGCUGACGGCACAGGACACUGCUGACGCUCAAACGUUCGACACCAACGCCACUUAUCAGAUUGCGGCCAAUUUCUCCGACGGCAUUGUGGCCAGUGGAAUCUACGUGUGCGAUGACGUGGUGUCUCCCCGAUACGCUUGUCCCAACACCAGCUGGACCCUCCUCCCUGCCUCUGACGGGCCGAUGUGUCUUCAGCUGGUGGACAUGUUGGAGACGUUUUACGGUGCGACUCAGUCUUGCUGGAACAUGGGCGGGCGACUGUUAACUAUUACAUCAGAAACACGCCAGAGAGCUGUGGAGAGUUUCAUUCCAUUUCGAUACGCCGGAGAGCUAUGGAUUGGUCUCAAAAGAGAUUAUAACUAUGGACCAUUUUACUGGCAAGGGCUGGGGCAAUAUUACUCACUCAGUUAUGUGAAUGACUACUACUACUCAAACAUGAUCAAUCAUUGCUGUGGAUACGAUUGCACCUACUUAACCUACCCUUACAGAAAGUGGGAUAUAGUACCUUGCUACUACAACAAACCGUACAUCUGCGAAAGAGACAAAGUCUGCGUGGAUGGCUUUGUGGGAGACAACUGUGACCAGGCCUGCCAUUGCUACGGAGAGCCUUGCAAAGAGGGACAACCGUGCAAGUAUGGGUGUGAGGCAGGGUGGACAGGUCCCUACUGCUACACACGCGUGAAGAGGGCAGAGGUCAUCUACUACUGCGUCAACAACACGGCGGAGGGUCGCUACGCGCUGGUGAGGAUUAACCCUUUCGGACGCCAGUACCAGACGGUGCAGCUGACAGACGAGGCCGGCACCCCCCAGCUCUGGUGCAGCGGCUCCGAGAUGUGGUACGACGACACCGGCGUCUACUCCGUCAAGAUCCCCGUCACCCGGGGUAACGAGUGGCAAGUGGGCUUUGUCUGCGGGGGCAAUCGGACGGGACACAACUCCUACAAGUGGCUGUUGAACCUACAAGAGAAAAAAGGAGUGUUGCUUCCCCUUGACCGGCGGGUGGAGCUGUCAUGUGACUUCGAUCAGGCGGACAGCACGGUUCAGACACAGUCACAGAACGUUGCCGUAGAAAGUGAUCAACCAAACAAUGCCCUCCCCUCAGUGGAAAAACCCUUGAACUCUCGCGAGUUCGUGAACUUGGCUGUGACCGACUCCUACUCGGGACAACUUCUCACAAGGGCAAAGAUUGGCGCCAACGUGCAACUGCGCAUGACACUGACCACAUCACCAGGUCUCAGGGCCCAGGGAGUGUCUCCGUACGACUGUGUCGCCAGUUCCGGAGAUGGUCUCUACCAGCUUCCUCUGACCGACUCUGAUGGCUGUCCAGCAGGUGGAUCCACUGUCAUCUCUGAACUCAGGGGACAUAACGGCACGGUUAAAUCCGAUCCCUUCCAGUUGUUCGCCUUUGCCGGUCAGAACACUCUACAGAUCGUCUGCUCCUUCCAGUUCUGCUUCACUCGGGAGGACGCUCUGUGCACUGAUCGAUGUAAUACGAGGAGAAUGGCACCUCUGACCACCAUUAGUUACAGGGACACCAUCACUAAUUACGGGGACAGCAACUCUAGUUACGGGGACACCUCCACUUACAAUUACUGGACCACCACCUCGUACAGGUUCCGCAAGAAGCGAGAAGCCAACUCACCAGAGUUCGCUACCGCGGUGGUCACGAUCAUAAAAGAACCCAGCAGCACGGACACCAAGCCCACAGCCAGCAUGGCGGCUACUAACACAGUGCAUCAGGUUGUCUGGGCAACGCUUCUCUUCCUGCCUCUUCUUUGUGGCUUUAGUGUCUAAACUUUUAUUUGUUGAUUUAUUCGUUCUCAGGUUCGUUUUUGAUAGUUAAAACACCUUCUAAUGUUGUUUUAUAAGCCCUUUCAACCUUAUCUAUAA